AUGGCAUCGACAGCACCCGCAAUGCUUGAGAUCUGCGACUUGCAAACAACCCCGAUCGACUUCCAAGAUUGCACGAAAGCGUGUAUUCACCAAGGUCCCUUGUCGUUAGAUGAGAAAGCUGAUGACCGGCCUCGGUUCUUUACUCCCUAUCGCGAUGAGUAUUUCACCCAUAAGGAGCUACCGGAGUCGUUCCACAACCUCAACCCCCAGGAGGAAAAUCACAUCAAUGUGCAGGGCUUGCACCUCUUCAUGGAAUCAUAUCUUGGCUCGGUUUACACCCAGAAACCUCGUGGGAUCUACUAUCGAGCUUGGGGCGAUCUCAACUUCGGCGAGCUCUCGGAACCCAAAUAUUUCUGGCAGGUCUCGUUCACCUGUCUUACAUCAACCAAAUUUGACCGCUACUUCCGUCCAGUUCUCGGCCCCAACGAAGCUCUGCCUCACGUGAAGUGCAUGAUGGAAAGUGACUCCGUGGAGGAUGACCGCCUGCUCCGAGGAGAGAUCAUUACCAUAAUUCAGAUUAUGGCCGGUCGGCUCAAUACCAAGUCUGUCCGUGCCCAUGUCAUGGCCCCAGUGAUGCUCUACUCCAUCAUGGGACCUCAGCACCUUCGAGUUUUGGAGGCAUAUUUCACCGGUGAAAACCUCGUUAUCCGGAAGACCAAAUUGUACGACAUGACCAAGUAUGAUGCCUCCACGCUGGAUCAACUCACACGCUGGUGGUUGGGACAUGCCGGUGGCCAAACCACGGUCAUAGACCGAGAGCUGUUGGACUCAUAA